CUCAGUUUCAUUUACAUGGGGUUUGACACUUUCCAGACAUAUGAUGUCGCUAGCUGCGCGUCUCGAUGCACCUCUAAGCUUGGCUGCGUGUCUUUCAACAUGUACUUCGAACGUGAUCCUUCAGUGAAUCCCAACGAUGCAUCGUGCUCGGAUCCCUCCUCGCAGGUCAUGAUCAAGUGCGCGUACUGGGGCGGUCCGAUCUCUGCUGCCAACGCCAACAACUUUGGUCAGACUCGUGGUAGCUUCUCGGUUCUCAUUGCUGGCUCAAACGGUUAUGUCAGCACUUCAGUCUCUACUCCCGCAGGUUUCAACGAUGCCGUUUCCUACGGCGACAAGGCCAUGAACGCACCUUAUGAUGCUCAAGGUUACAACACUUUCAUGGGAUCCAAGAUCUUCACCCAAAGUUCCUUCAACACCACUCUUUGCUCUGAGUACUGUAAUGCCCAGACCGCAUACAACAAGGCGACAGCACCUAAGGAUGGUACCCCUUACAAGGUCUGCAAUUAUUUCAACACCUACAUGCUGUUCCUCAACCCCGGAGGCAGCUCAGCCAAGCAAGUGGCUCAAGGUCAAUACUGCUCGCUAUAUACCGAACCCUGGACAAACAAGUACGCUACAAACGGCGGACAGAUGAGAGGCACCGACCAGUAUGUCGUGAGCUAUAGCUUCGGGUUCAGCAAGCCCAACGCUGGCCUCGAUCCCCUCGUCGGCGAUGCCAAUGGAGCCACCUACCAAGCUGUUGCCGAUAUCAAGUGGUCAAAGCUUCAGCCUUUCUGCUCGGCCUAUCUCGGUUACAGCAUCCCUGUGUCCACAGUAACAUCUGUUGCUACCACUGUCCCUGUGGUGACAUCCACCUCUUAUUCGACCACGACCGUCUCUCCCAACAAGGUCAGGCGUGCUUUGUCUAUCCCGGCCGACCUCAGCAAAUACCCUGCUACUGUCAUCUCCUCGGCCUGUUCUAUGCAAGCUUCCAAGCCUUCAUCGACUUCCGUCACUACUGCCUUUUCGACCGUCACUGCUGCCGCCUCGACGACCGUCAUUUCUGUUGUAUCCACUACGACUGCUGCGGUCGAUCCCACCAGCACAAGCUUCAAUCUCGUCAACUCGAGCGGAUCGUACAUAGGGACCGAGACUACCGCUAGCGACGGCACCGAGACAAGUGCAAGUGAUAGAAUCUUUGCUUACUCGGGCGCAACCAAAGGAUCAGUCUUCACGCUGAACUAUCAGACUGGUGAGCUCAGUGUUGCAUACGGAGGCUCGCAAUGGACUCUUCUGUCCGCCGUCUGGCAGGACAAUGUCUUCCCCCUGGCCAAAUUCUCAACUGGCUCAGGCAAGAAGGCCAACUGUCUCUUCAGUGACUCACAGGGCUUAGUUUGCGAUGGUGACAACUACUUCUCUGCCUGCCCCAACGACAACGACGUGCACUUCGCCAACUACGUGCCUAACGGCUCGAAGUGCACCCGAAACGUCCUGGUGGCUGUCUCGGUAGCAUAGAGACCUACAGUGCAAUAUCUCUAUGGAGAAUUGGGUAAUCAUAUGGAUGGGGUUGUAGCAUGGGAAAGGUUAAAAGGGUGGCGUAGGGAUACAAAUAUGGAGUUUGGCAUUGGUUACAGUUUAAUGAUACCUUGGAUAUUUUAUGAGACCUUUCAGUCUCGGUCUUCAGACUA